UCUUCCCAACUGCACUUGCUUUGAUUUUGCUCUUGAAUUCCAGUUCGGAAGCUCGUUUUCGCUGCUUUGAGCUGAUUCCUUGUAGUGUAAGGAUGAGUGAUUUUGGUUGCGUAAAGUUUUGAGCUUUUUUCGGGGCUUUAAUUCUGGUCAAAUUUAGCUUUGGAGUGUUCAAUAAUGGCGAUUUCUCUCUUGCCUGCGAGGAAUUGAGCUUGGAAUGUCUGUCUUGUGGAGGAUUUUAGGGUUUGGAGGUGGUUUCAGACGUAUGCUAAGAAAGAAAUUGUUUGCCUUCUAGGAGUAAACUUGUUGUACGAGUUGCACGUUAAGCACAUCAAGUUUGUAGUCAAGCAUUACUGUGACUAUGAAGUGGUCCAGUUCAUAAUGGUAUUCUCUACGGGCAUAAGCAUUUUCAGUGAAAAGAAGUAUCUGGAAACAGGGUUGUAGUUGGAUAUUUAAUGCCUGGCAACGAAGUUGAAGAAAGGAUCCGAAUUCUUUAUGAGCUAGAGAACUUUUCGCAGGGUCAGCAUCUAUCUCACGCUGUCAAUGACAGCCGGCCCGUGCUUAUUUAUAAUCAGUGGGUUGAAAACCAGAGACAGAUCAGUGAACCACUGAGCUCCAAUCUGAAGAACUAUACUGUCCAACCAUUAGGUUCUUUGGGAGGACAUGGAAGUGAAUCUUUUUGUGCAUUUGAUCAGAAUUAUGGACAAUUGACUCGAAGAUCUGACUUAUCUGAUACUCUAUCCAUCAAGCAAGAGCUAAACACGAAUGGCUUUAUGCUUGGACGGCAGAGUUUCCAGGAAAGGCAGAACAAGUUGGAGUUUUUGGCUGAGAAUACAGGUCUUAUUCCACAUAAUUUAGCACUGAGAGGUUUAUCUGUCCUUAAAUCUCAGCAAGAAUAUGCUCCAGGGGACAGUCCCACCCUGACAACUAAUUCAGAAAGGUCAGAAAUGACAGAUGCUUCCACGGAGUUUAACUUCGUCGGUGGGCAGCAGCAACUUGUGAGGGGCCAGCAACCGGGUGUUCCACAACCUACCUCAAUGCAGCAGUCUGGUUACAGUGACGUGCAGUUGUUACAGCAGCACAUAAUGUUCAAACAGCUGCAGGAACUUCAGAAGCAACAGCAACUACAGCAAUUUGGUGAUACCAGGCAACUAAGUCAGCACUCUUCAAUCUCUAAGCAGGGUUCUGGAGUUCAGUAUCCGACUCUCAUCAAUGGAACACCUGUAAAUGAUGCAUCACAAAUGUUUUUGAACAGGAUGCAGCGUGGUGCAUCUCCUGCUUCUCAAGGUAUAUCUAACAGAUCUGUUUUUUUGCAAGAGCACGGUCAGACAUUGCGUUCAAUGCCUCUGGUUUCUCAGCAGUUUGAUGCCUCAUUAUAUGGUACUCCUGUUGCUAAUGCAAGAGGUACUAUGAGCCACAUUCCCAAUGUUCAGGGGAUGCCACAUGAUUCUCCCAAUUUGUUUAACAAGGUCGGUGGCCAAAUACAGAAACCUGUAAUGCAAUCGAUGGCGGUCAAUAAUCCCUUUCUAGGUGAUCAAUAUAAUUUUUCUCCCGACCAGGCUUACCUGCCCCAAGGGGCUUUUAUGUCCAAAGAUGGACUUCAGGGAAAAAAUAUGUUUGGACAUGUUCCCCUUCAGGGUUUUAAUGGUGGUGGUGCAUUGGGUAACUCUUUACUGGGCACUUCCCUUCAAGCAAAUGCUCCAUUGCAGGAACUUAGUGCAAAGCAAGAACCAGCUGGCUGGCCUGGAGUUUUGCAGCAGAAAACAAUGCAGCUCGCCCCUUCACAGGGUUUUGCUUCCCUUGAUCCAAUGGAGGAGAAAAUUUUGUAUAAUAUGGAUGAUGACGUUUGGAAUGCUCCCUUUGGUAGGCGCAAUGACGUGGUCACUGGUUUUGGCAAUGCUUUGGAACAAACUGAAUUGAAUGCAUUUCCUUCUCUUCAAAGUGGUAGCUGGAGUGCUCUUAUGCAGUCUGCUGUUGCAGAAGCUUCAAGUAGCGAUACUGGAAUGCAAGAGGAGUGGAGUGGAUUGUCAUUUCAGAAUACAGAGCUCUCGACUGAUAAUCAGACUUCAAACAUCUUGGACAAGGAGAAGCAACAAAGAGGUUGGGCUGAUAAUAACCUGCAGAGCGACUCAUCCUUGGGUUCGAAACCCUUGUCAAUGCUUAACGAUUCUAGUGUUAAUUCUAGCUUCCCUGGUUUUCAUCCAACAGGCUUUGCAUUCAUGACCAGGCAGAGAGAAGAUCUUCACCAGGAUGACUCUCAUGAAUCCAUUCAGAAGUUGCCCAAAGACGCAAGUGAGUGGCUGGAUUGUAACCCUCAACCUCCAUUACCUAUGGAGGGAAGUGAGCAGGUUCAACAACCAAUGCACUUGGACAAUUCAUGGGCUUCCCAAAUCAACAAGCUUGCAGAAAAUAAUGCACAUCAGCAGAGAAUUGCCUCAUAUCAUAUUGUUAGUGAUCCGAGUAGCAAACCAGAAGGUCAUGCUAGUGAAGCCAUGUACAAGAAAAACGAUUCCGAUGGCUUUCCAUGGAAGACUGGUGGUGAUUCAUUUUCAAGAUCCACUGGAGGUUUGGCCCAAGUAGAAUCUGAUACGGAUAGUAAUCUGCUAGGCAGAGAAAAUGCACAACUGUUCAACUUUGCUGCCCUUCCAGCUUCACGCAUUAGUAAGGCUCAUCAGGAAACAAGUCAGCAAGUUGCGGAUAGUAAUCAGCUUGAUUACGUAACACAAGUUAAAAUAUCUAUGAAUAAUGAAGAGAAUGACAACACAGGAGUAAAAACGUAUCAGAUGAGCAACAUCACGAAUGUUAUGCAGGACUCUUAUAGAGGUGCUGAAGCAUAUGGGCAGCAGCAGAACUGCUCUCCACGGGACAACUUCCAUAAACAAGGACAUCUGGGGCAGUUCAAAUUUAUGGGUGAUGUUUCUAACAAUGCUUUUAGCUUGGACAAGGGGCAUUUACCUAAUCUUCAAGGAGAUUUAAGGGCGUCAGAGGAGUCUUCUGGACGUAAUCUUAAUAUAUCUGCUACCUUUCACAGGGCAGUUGGUUCUGGUGGCUCAAAUAUAAAUGCUCAAACAAGUCAUGAUAUGCUUGAGCUUCUUCCCAAGGCUGACCAAUCAAAGGAAAAUACCACUGUGUCCCAUUUUGGCUCCACCAACUUUAGUCCGCUGCACGAGGUGGCUGAGGCAGGAAAUGUGCGGGCACCCAUUGCCCAAAUGUACAAUCAAUCAUCUGUUUCUCAAGGUUUUGCUUUGAGGUUGUUUCCUCCAUCUCAACAGCUAGUCAAUUCAAACGCAUUCAUCUCUCAGGGUUUGCCACAAACUGCAAGUAACCUCAAUUUAAGGCAAGGACAUUCUAAUCUAGGCGAGAAAAAUCAGACCCAGUUAACUCCAUCAUUUCAGUCGUUGCCGGCUUCAAAUGAAUUGUCUCCAAGAGAGAGCUGGGGUAAUAAGUUUAGCACUUCAGAACGCUCAAACAUGUCCUCAUCUAUGUACGUACAUCAAAGCUCUAAUGCAGCAAUUCCUUCCAAUCCUCCACUUACCAGGAAUCUACUUCAAAUGCGGCCCAUGUCAAAUGGACCUGUGUCUUGCUCAUCUCCUCAGGGAUCAUUGCAUGGUACGGCUAGUAGAUAUCCAUCUUUUAACAUCGAUCCAUCUCAAGAUACUUCCCAACAGAUACGUGCCAACCUUUGUGGUCAACAAUUUCCAGGUUUUGAGGCUAUUACAACCCCUCAGCCACCUGACAGCAUGCUACAACAGAGUGGGUUUUCGGCAUGGCCACCGAGUUUAUGGACAAGUACGCAGCAUUAUCUCUCUAGCAUGGAACCUUCUAAGGUUCCCCCUGUGGAACUUUCAAGAAAUAGUGUGGAGAGCACUUCAUUGACUCAACAGGAGCUAAAUGACCAAGAUUCUCAGAAAGCUGGAUAUGAGCCAUCAGAUCUGGGCAGAUUACAUCAGAGUCAUUACCAUUCCCCAACAGUCUCUGAAAGAAGUUAUGAAUCCUUUGACCAUUCCAUGAAGCAAUCAUAUGGUUCCCGUCAAAACUACUCCCUGCUGCACCAAGUUCAGGCAAUGAAGAAUGCAGAGACUGACCAAAGUACGGGGGUUCUAAAUAUACGGCAGGUCAGUGCUAUAGUGGGACAGCAGUCGGCGUAUGAACCUAAUUCAACAUCAAGGAACUACAAGGACGAUGGACUAAAUUCUGCUUUACAUCUUAGGUCAUCGUCAUCUGGAGAUAAUAAAAUGCCAAGCUUCCUCCCCGAAGCGAGAGAAGAUCUGAGGGUAAAAGCUUCAUCACAACCUGCUCUCCAAGAGAUGCCUACUCAAGAAGUGGCUGCAUUUCGUCAGAAUGAUAUUAGUAAUCAACCUAGUGGCAGUAAUGUGGUAUCUGAGCACGUAGAAAAUCCUCUAGCUAGUCUAAAUAUGGUACCAUCCUGGUUUAAGCAGUAUGGAACUUUAAGAAAUGGACAGAUACCUCCACUAUAUGAAGGAAAGCUUGCAGGGAGUGCAGGAGUACAGUCCUCAAUUUCGAAGCCUUCUCAGAAUUUUGAUAUUCAUUCUUCUGUGGAGCAACUGGAUGUUGCUGAUGCCAGUCAGAGUAGCCGGGUUUUGCCAAGCACAGCUGCUGCCGUUGUUGCAAGUGAACCCUUUUCAGCUUCUUACCUGCUCUCUUCAGAUGUCAUUGGCCAAAGUGCGGCUACCGUGAGACCAAAGAAACGUAAAACUAUGACAUCUGAACGUUUACCGUGGCACCAAGAAGUAACUGAAGGCUUCAAGAGAUUUCAGGAUAUGAGCAUUGCAGAACAAGAAUGGGCACAAGCCUCAUACAGGUUGAUUGAGAAGGUGGAAGAUGUUGUUGAAAUGAUUGAGGACAGACCACCAUUGCUUCGAACAAAGAGAAGGCUUGUCUUGACAACACAGCUCAUGCAGCAACUGCUUUGCCCCGCACCAGCACCUCUUUUAAGAGCAAAUGCUGCUUCUCACUAUGACUGUGUGGUAUGCUAUGUUGCCAGAUUAUCACUGGGAGAUGCAUGCAGCCUCGCUCAUGGCCAAAGAAAUGAUUUGUGCAAGCCACUAAUCAGUGGUAACAUGCUUUCGGAGGAGCUCAAAGUUUCAAAGAGCGCUGAAGCUGAACAUUUUUCAAAAGCUGUUGAAGAUUUCACCAGGAGAUCAAAGAAAAUAGAAAAUGACUUGUUAAGAUUAGACAAGGCAGCAUCAAUUUUAGACUUGAGACUGGAAUGCCAGGAGUUGGAAAAGGUUUCUGUCAUCAACCGCUUUGCCAAGUUCCAUAUCAGAGCAGGGGAUGCCUCCGGAACUGCAUCUUUCUCUGGUACAGCUGCACCGAGAGUGCUCCCCCAGAGAUACAUCACUGGACUGCCGAUGCCCAGCAAUGUGCCAGAGGGGGUACAAUGUCUUUCACUGUGAUUAUCAAUUGAUUGAUCUCCUUCUCAAUUGAAUCUUCUUACGAUCUAUAUAUUCCAUCGGCAUCUCAAUGAUUUCUUUUCGUUGAUAAACAUUCUGGCAUCAAAGAAAGAAGAGGAUUGAAAAAUGGAAUGCAAGGAAAAUACGGCCCCAAGUGACGAGACUGCUAGUUCAUUUUUGAACAAGGCCAAUUGUUGUCAUUUUUGAGAAAGUACAUAUUGUUUCUUGUAUAUUUUGAUGAAAUUCCAAGGAGGAUAGGUAGUACCCAAAGUAAUAUUUUCAAAUAGCAAGAGGAUCCUUGGUAUGAAUGUCUCUCCAGUUUCCAACGUCUAA